AGCAUUGUGGGAAUUGUAGUUUUGGGUGAAGUUUUAGCAACCGGCUAACGACCAACUUCUCAGCGGCUGGACGCGACCGCCGUCGCCUACAACUUCGGAAUGCAAGCGGGCUGUGUGUAGAUGGCGCAGAGCAAUGACUGAAGAGUUUGACGAAGAUGUGGUAUUUGAGAACUCCCCUCUUUUCCAGUACCUGCACGAUCUAGGGCACACAGACUUUGAGGCAUGUCCGACGGCAUCGCAGGAGGACGAAGACGGCGGCCUCACCUCUCCCGACGGAGAUCCGGGGAACACUUCAGGAGGACGGCUAUGGAGACUGGCUGAGGCUUUCUGGAGAUGGAGUCCGAUUCGCCAGGCGGCCGCGUCCCGGCAGAUGGGCCAGCAGCUGGAUGGCGUGUUUGGCCAGUACUCGGUCAAGUGCCUUCUGGAUCAGGACGUGCUGCUGCAGGAGGACGUGGAGCUGAUCGAGCUGUUGGACCCGAGCCUGCUGACCCUCGGGUCGUCGGCCUCCGGCUCGUCCAGCCGAGCGAGCGUCCUGCCCAGACCCGGCCUCAUAGCCAGGCCGUCUCUAUGGGACAUGGCGGGGCUGGUCGGCCUGGCUGCGGUGCUGCUGGGCGUCUGCUCCGUGUCCGAGGGCCUGUGGUCGCUGGUCGCGGCCCCGUGGGGGCUGGCGCUGUUGGGCUGGCUGGGGAUGAGGGGGGUCCUGCUGUGGAGGCGGGGCCGCAUGCAGAGAGCCGUCCACUCGCGGGCCACGCAGCUACAGACUCUGCUCCACAACAGCAAGACGCUAACCGGCCUGUCUCGUAAAGCCCUGCGGCUGGUGCAGGAGACGGAGGUCAUCUCCAGAGGCUUCACCCUUUUGCUCGACAGGGUGAGUGCAGCGGGCUCCUUUAGCAGGGCGGGGCCGGGGGCGGUGCCUCGCGGCCAGCAGCUGAUCGGCCUGAGGAAGACGCUGUACCGGGCGCUCCGCACGGCCUUCAGAGCCUCGCGCCGGGCCACCUGUCACAUGCUCAAGGCGUUCCCUCUGAACUCUGAGAUCGAUAACGUGACCAACUAUGUGUCCGCGGUGCCUCUGAAGGAGCUGGGCCUCGGCCUGGGGGUCGAACACCUGGGUGACGAGCAGGCGCAGGAGCUGACGGACGACUACAGCCUGCCUGCCCUGAAGAUGCUGUUCCAGCUGUGGGUGGGGCAAAGCUCCGAGUGCUUCCGACGACUCGCGCUGCUCCUGUCGCCGCGAAGAAUAGAGGAGCCACAGGAGGGGGAGAGCGACGGCGACGCCUCCCCCCCUCCCCUGCUGCACCGCUCCAUCGGCGCAGUGACGGAGCCCCUCCAUCACGCUCUGGCCAGCUGCCUCUGCGAAGUGCAGCGCAGCUUCGACUUCCACCGACACUUUGAGACCCAGCUGAAGGCGCCGGGCUCCGACAGGACGGGGAGGGUCAGGGAGAAAUGCAGAGAGCUCAACACCCUUCACUCAUCCAUCCGGAGCCUGCAGCUGCACCUCAAGGCUCUGCUCAGCGAGAUGAUCAUCCUGGAGGACGACCUGGAGAAACUGAUGGUGUCCAAGGAACCGACUGAGUUGACGCUGGAGGGCUACCAGGACCUCAGCGACCGGCUGCACCAGCUGCAGCCACACAUGCAGGCCAGCUCGGGCUGCUGGGAGGACACCGUGGGGCAGGUGCAGCGCAUGCUGAGACGGGUCCACGCCUGCCCAGAUAAAGCCGAGGGUCCGGAGCAGUGUGGUCCCGCCGUGCCCGAGAUGCCCGUUGCCCCCCCGUCCUACCCGUUGAUCCUGGACAGAGACCCUGUGCCAGAAGAGCUGGAGUGGGAGGCCUAUGUGUCCGACUCUGACUCCGAUGGCGAGGGCGGAGGGUCCUGGUCCGACACCUUGUCCCCGGAGGAACGGGAGCGGCAGCGGCGGGAGAGGGAGGAGUCCCGGCGCGUCCUGUCGGAGCUCAAAGCGGUGCUGGGCUUCCGUGCGUCGGAGGGCGAGAGGAUGAAGAGGAAGCAGCUGCUGUUCAACGACCAAGCGGCUGCGACUCCGUCAGCUCCCGACGAGAGUCCUGACACCGUCACGACGCUGCUGGAAGCUCCGACUCCUCUGGGAUCAGCAGAAAGGGGCGAUGACGAAGGAAACCAUCUCUCUGAGUGCUCCGCGGGAAACGGAGGGGAGGCACUCGACGCCUCAGCGGAGCCGGUGACGGAGUUCAGCUGCGGUCCGGAGGAGAAGGACGGGUAUUUGGGAGGAACUCUGGUGUGUGCGAGAGGAGGAGGUGGAGCGUCCGAGCUGCACCAAUACGACGGCGGCCUGGAGGAGGGGGGGAGCCAGAACGGCCUGGACUGCUGCCUGAAGCCCAAAGGCCCCGCUGUGUCCGUGAUGGACAGGCUGACGGAGAUCCACGGCUCCGAGGCCCUCAGCUUCAGCUCCGCCCUCGCCGCUCAGGUGGCGGCGCGUUCGCACUCGCUCAUCGCCAUGGAGGAGCAGACGUUCGGAGACGAGGAGGAGGAGGAGGAGCUUGUCGGAGAGGAGAGCGACAGGCGAACCCCCCGGAAGGACUGAAGCUAAGCCCCGCCGAGGAGCGACUGUAUUUAUGUCUGGUGUCUUCUAUCCACGGGUCUGUGUUCCAUUCUUGCUGUUUCUGGUGUGGAGGCGUCACCCAUCCGUCCCUUUUACUGCACAUUACUACCCGCAGUUAUUUCUGCUCGCUCGCUGUUCAAACUCAGGUACCAGAACCACUCAAAAAUAUAAAUAUAACCUCUCGUUGUUGAGGUCAGAAGAGCAGAAUGUCUACAGUCUACACAGUGCGCGUUCUUCAGCAGCUGUGGAAACUAGUGUUGAUUUAAAUGAAAAUAUAAUGUUUUAACUGCGGUUUUCAAAACACUGUAAUCUUGAGUUACUGUCAGGAGGUUUUGGGCUGCAGGACUUGAUUUGGCAGCAGUCAGGUACAGAGGUGCUUUGUGGCGAUGUGAAAAUACAUGUACCUAAAUAAUGCAAACAAAACGUAGUUGAAGUAUUACAAAUAAAUCGUAAAUCAUAGGAGCACAUUGGAGUAUUUGUAAAACAAACAAAGAAUCAAAAUAUAAGAUUUGGGGAGCUUAACUUGUACUUAAGUCAGACAGUUACGUGCCUACACACGUAGUACGAGUUCUGCAAAAACAGGAAGCAGAAUGACAUUUUUAUAAUUGCCCCAUUAUUUUUGUCCGAUUCCACUUACCGGACUGGACACAACGGGGGUCGUACGCACGGCCCACCGAACACAACACUAUUGUAUCUAAGAACAUGUCGACUGAAACGGUCCCUUUAUGUUUACGGGGGAAACACCUCACAUACUGAUGCGUGUGCUGCUGUGAGGUGUGAAAAUCAAAUACCUGUGUGGGUGAAGUAAUCAGAAAAAAGUGGGGGUUCAUUUUCACUCAUGUGAGGACGAUCAAUAAGAGUUUGAUGGUGUAUUCUCUCCCUCCUUCCCUGUCUGACUUGUCACCAUGUCUGCCUUGUCCUGACCCCUCCUGACCCCCCCCUCCUGCAUUUUCCAAUGUUAAAUAAAGGUCCCAAACAGAUCA